AUGCCCGCCCAAUCCAUUAUCCCCGACAUCCCGGGAACGCUCCUCACGGACCCCGAGGUCACCCACCACUUGAACGAACAUGUCGCUCAACUUUGCCACCUGAACCAGCCAAACUUCUGGGUGUGCGAGAAGUCUGACGGUGUCCGCGUCCUACUCUUCGUCGUCAUGAACGGGAUGACGGGAAGUCAAGAGGUCUGGCUCCAAUACUUCUCCGUCGACAAUCUCCACUUCACGCACUGGGAGUCGCUCGACGACCCCCUGACUGACACGAUCCUGGACGGUGAGCUCGUGAUCGACAUUGAUCCGCGCACAGGGGCGCAAGUGAUGCGGUACUAUGCGUUUGACUGCCUCGUCCUCAACGGCGAGAACAUCAUGAAGAAGCCGCUCGUCAAGCGCUUCGCUGCGGCGCAGCGUUUCCCCGAGUGGAAGGAGAAUGCGCCGUUUGAGAUCCUCGCCAAGAAGCAGGAACUCGCGUACCAUGUCUCGCAGGUGCUGAACGUGCAUGUCCCGCAACUGCAGCACGGCCACGAUGGCCUUAUCUUCACGUGCGCCGAGAGCGCGUAUGUCCCCGGCACGGAUGAGAAAAUCCUCAAGUGGAAGCCGCCGAGCGAGAACUCGAUCGACUUCAGAAUUGAGCUCCGCUUCCCGCCCAGCGCAUCCGACCCAAGCGAGCCGGACUACUGUGCCAAACCGCAUUUCCUCCUGAACCAGUGGAUGGGCGGAGAUGGGGCCGAUGCCAAGUACGAGUUUUUCGAUGAGAUGGACGUCGAUGACGACGAGUGGGAGCAGAUGAAAGAGACGGGAGAAGAGUACGACGGCCGUGUAGUCGAGGUGACGUGGGACAUGAAGCGUGGCGGCUGGCGCAUGUUCCGCUUCCGCGACGACAAGCCGCACGGCAACCACGCCAAGACAGUGCGCAGCGUUCUGCACAGUAUUGAGGAUGGAGUGGAGAUUGCCGACGUUCUAGCCCAGCAGGACAAAGUAAAGGCGGCAUGGAAGCAGCGUGAGCAGCGGAACCGCGCUGCGGCCGCUGCGGCCGCUGCGGCUGCCCCGCCCCGCCCACCGAACGGGUACCAGAAGCCUCCGCCGCCAUCUGCGCACGGAGGGCAUGGCGGACAUGGUGGAGGAGCCCCGCGACCGGCGAUGAGCGGAUUGAAGCGAUAG